AUGCGACAAAGUAUGUCGCACAGCGACGCCGGCGACCGCGAGGAAGAAUCGCCGAGCGAGGACUUCCACUCGUGGGUUGCGACGUCGCAGUGUCGCGCGGAACGGAGCCGCGGCGGAAGCGCAGCGAGGAAAGCGGCGGGGAAAGCGGCGGGGAAAGCUGCGCAGCCGGCAGGGCCAUGGUCACCCUUAACGGCCGGAACAGCCGCUGCUGCUGCGGCGAUUGCUGCCGUAGCGCCGGCAGCGGCGCAGCAAAAACUUUUUGAAGACGAAAAGCUUGGCACUGGCAGUGGGGCCGGUUGCGGUACUGCUGCCACUACUGCUACUGCUACUGCUACUGCCACUGGCAGAAGCAGUGUUUCUCUUAGCACCAGUGGUCGGCGCAUGUCUGUAAACAGGCGACGAAACGCCAUGGACUAUUCUGAGCUCGAUGCAGUGCGAGAACGGCUCAAGCAGGCAGCGGGCAUGUGGGCGAUCGCUGCCCCAGACUGCGAGGAAGACGACGACGACGACGCAGCCAGCCAGAGCAGCGACGGCAGCGACGCUGGCGACGCUACUAGCGACGGUAGGGCCCUGUGGGGGAGCAGCAGCGAGGAGGCUUCUUCUGGUGCUGGGACCUCAGGCGAAGAAUCGCCUGCGGAGCAGAUCUGCGAGCGGGCAGGCCUCCGUAAAUCAGUGGACCAGCAACAGCAGCAGAAGGAGCCGCAGCAGCUGCAGCAGUAUCAGGGAUUGGGGAUGACCCAGAGACGGAGUGCUAGCGCUCUGUGGCAGUUGCUUCUGCCAGGUGCAAGGCGGUAG